AUGUCCGGGAUACUCCAGGUCUUAGCAGGUCCCAACCCAAACCUGUCAACGGGAAGUACCUUUUGGACUCAACGGGUUUAUGUAUAUGGUCCAGUGGCGAGCGCAGGAGUAUCCCAACGUCUUGUCCCUCGAGUUGCUCUGUUUAGCUCUAGUCCAGCCUUCAACGUUCGCCCCUUGAAGAGUAUAUACGGUUAUACCGGAACAUAUUGUCCUAGAGAACGUUUCUAG